GCACGACCAUGUCCAACUGACUCAAAUUUCCUUAGAAUCACUACAAAUGUGAAUUAAACACAUUCAAAUCAAAUAAAGAAUAAAAUUUACCCAGGAGAGUUACCAUAUAAUCUUGGAUCAAGGAUAACACAGGGUCGUGAUUUUUAUAGAGGUGUAUAUAUCAUCUCUACUGUCAAGUUCCAAAUGUCACUUUUGACUAAUCUUACUCCCAUUUAUUUUGCUGCAUUCAUUCUUUUUACUGAAGCAACGGUUCAAGUGGUUCCUGAAAAUUGUAAAGUUCGAACUUGCGGCACCGGUACAGUACUGUUUAAUCCCACCGACGUGCGUAAAACAUGCUGGUCGCAAGAAGAACUCGCCAUUUUAACUGCUCGCAUCAUACUAGAGGACGUUAUUCCUGAUUCUAAAUUAAUAACCGUAGAGUGCAACGAAGAUGUCGACGAUAUGGUUCAUUAUUUCAAGGAAGUAAUAAACACAAUACGAACCAAAACAGCAGCUCGCAAACGUCACUUAAUGCUCUUUGCCUUAACGGAUCUUCUAGGAGGUUUUCUGCAUCACGCCUUUUUACCAAUGGCCAAAAAGGCCUACUACUCGGGCGCUGUUGAUUAUUUGUACAUGGAAAAACUGAUACAGCUUUACGAAGAAAUCAAAUGGUUUCUACGUACCAAUGGGCAAGGUUGGACUAAACCGAUGUUAGUGGACAGUGUAGUAAGAGUGCCUAUAAUCGAAAUAGCUUCUAUUACAGCUGAUAAAAAUAAAAGUUGCCAUAAAGUCAUGUUCUAUGAAAAAGAGCCUAUAAGUGGCAAAACCAAAAGAUCUACAUUAGAAAAAGGUAUUUACUUUCCUUUACCGUUUUUCGAUGCUAAAGUCCGACCUACAGCCAUAGCCCUUCCCCUGAAACAUUUUGCGUUAAGAAACAUAGAAUCUAAACGAGCAUCUUAUAUUAUCGUAAAAUACUUCAUUUUAGCAGAGAAAUGCUUAAGAGAAAAGAAUGCUAAACAAGAAAUGGUAGAUACAUUCCAUAAUAACCUAUACACUUGGAUUGAGAAAGAUGUUUUACCAAAAUUGUCAGAUGAAAAGUUUUAUGCGGCUUUUGGAGGAAUUUUAAGGCUACAAGAUACAUUGAAGGCCUCAGGAGCUAAAUUAGGCAAUAAACCGUGUAAUACUGAGGAAGGCGAAGAAGAAGUGGGAGCUGUUCCAGGAGUUGGCUGUAACUCCAGACGAAAUAAGCUACUUUUGAUAGCUAUGCUUGUGGUUAUUGUGGCUUGGUUUACAAUUGGCACUUGCUUUAUUUGUUAUAGGAUGAAAAAUACUAAAGACGAAGAUAAGGAUGAUUAUCCAGAUGAAUCUUUUAUUAAAGAAUCUUCAUCAAUGUCAUCAAAGUGGUCCUCAUCCAAAACUAACAUCACAUGUAAAUGUCCCGAGUCUAUGACUAGCGGAAGAUCUCAAGAGUUUUCUUCUACAAGCGAAUAUGACACGAAAAAAUCGAAAAGAAGAAGAAAACCUAAAGGUUCUCCAUGUGUGUGUCCUAGCAGUCCUGCAAUUAUAGACACACAACAUUCAAUGAAAGUAUUACCGCCUAUUGCUGAAAUGUCUGAACAAUCCCAACAAUUUUCUAAGAAAUUAGGCUCGAAACAAAGUUUCAGGAAAAUAUCAUUUGCUGAAGCAUCUAGUAGUGAUGGUGGUGGUAAAGUGUGCGCUCCACCAUGGGCUCAGACCAAUAAAACUAUACCAUGCCCAAUUCUCUCUGAUAAGAGCAUCAUUUAUUCUGGCACCAGUUUGUCAGCUAAAAGCAAUCAGACAUCCAGUGACAAUCCAUCGUCUAAAGAUAACAUUCAAGAAAGAUCGUCUAGAGAUAACAUUCAAGAAAGAUCGUCUAGAGAUAACAUUCAAGAAAGAUCGUCUAGAGAUAACAUACAAGAAAGAUCGUCUAAAGAUAACAUUCAAGGAAGAUCAUCUAAACAUGAAUUUGGUGGACAGCCUUUAGCUAAUUCAACAAUGAUGAGCGAUUCUGCACGGAGUAGCAUACAACAAAAGUCCUCCAAGGAACGAUUUUCCACACCAAUGAAAAAAGUUAGUCACAGUGACACUCCAGAACAGUAUAACACUGCAGAACAGUAUUUAUUCGAAGAUGAAGAAUCUAAAAAGCCUACUAAUCAAGAUACAAUGUACUAUAGCUACCAUGCUGAAGCAUGUCAUUCAAGCAUGACUGGAGAUUAUCAUAGACCGAAUCCGAAGAGUCCUUUAAUUUUUGGUUAUGACUUUCAAUCGACAAGCUCUUCUGAAUUAAGUGAUGAUGAUUAGUGUAUUUUUUAGUCAAUAAACUAAUAGAAGGCAUUGAGUUUUCUUACCAUAUAAAGUCCAAUCAGUGACAGGAGCUACAGAAAUACCACAUUUAAACACAUUAUCGGUGUCUGUAGCCAAAGCCAUUCCAGCUGCGUAACCCCCGUAGCUCCAGCCCCAAAUUGCUGUCCUGGAAGCGUCUACAUAGGGCAGCUUUUGCUGGAUAAUUCUAUAAUAACAUCAAUAGGUUUUAAGGAAAAAGUUUUAGAAAAAAAUGCUUACUUGGUAACGUUGAUUUGAUCGACUACCUCUACAGUGCCCAAUUUUCUGUAGCCCGCAAACAGUAAAUUGUUGCCUCUAAGCCCAGAGCCUCUUCCAUCGAUUGUGGCAUAGAUAAUGCUUCUAUUAGCUGCCAAAUAGCUGCCCCAGUCCAGGGAGAACUUAUCGAUUACUUGGUAGGUGUCUGGUCCACCAUACC